AUGUCCAAGGACUCCAUCGACCAGUUCCUUAUCAGUGGGCACGCAAGUGAGGUCCAACAGCGUUGGAAGAAAUGGCGGCGGGCUUUCCAGUACUUCAUCGAAGCCAAGGACAUCACCGACCCAGAUCGCCAGCGCAGCAUGCUGUUGCACAAGGCUGGCCUACAGAUUCAGGAGAUCUUUGAAGAUCUCGAAGACCCGGUUGCGCAGGCAGAUAGACCAGGGGAUGACAAUGCUUUCAAACAAGCGUACCAGUCGCAACAUGUCCAGGAGAAGAUUCUUGUGGUCAAAGAGGGCACCACCCCGUUGUUCGGCCGCAAUUGGUUGUCUAACAUACGUUUGGAUUGGCAUACCAUCUGUUCUGUCUCUUCUGCUCCACGUACGUCUGAUUCUGAGUCUGUAUUAGACGAGUUCCCAAGCGUUUUUGAAGGUGGUCUGGGCAAGAUCCAUGACUCGGAGGCGGUGAUCCACAUUGCCAGCGGGGCAAUUCCCAAGUGUUACUCAGCUCGACCGUUGCCAUACGCCAUGAAACCGCAAGUUGAUGUUGAAUUAGAUCGCUUGAUUAAGGAGGGUGUUCUAGUUCCGGUAGAAUCUUCAGAGUGGGCUUCUCCUAUUGUUGUUGUGAAGAAAGCCGAUGGUUCUAUACGACUCUGUGCAGACUUUAAAGUCACCAUCAACCAGCAUAUUGAAAGCAACAUACACCCUAUUCCAAAUCCCAGUGAUUUAUUGUCCAGCAUUGCAGGGGCCUCUGUUUUCUCAAAAGUUGAUCUCAGCCAAGCAUACACUCAGUUGCCAUUGUCCGAAGACAGUCAGAAACUGUGCGUCAUUGCAACCCAUCGAGGGUUAUUUGCUUUCACGAGAUUGCCCUUUGGCGUUUCCUCAGCACCAUCAAUCUGGCAAAAGACUAUAGAGCAGAUCUUAGCUGGCAUCGAUGGGGUCAUCGUGUACUUUGAUGACAUCUUAAUCACGGGAACCAACCAAGCAGAGCAUGAUACCCGGUUGCGUCAAGUUCUAGACAGAUUUGAGAAGGCAGGAUUACAGCUGAAGAAAGCAAAGUGUGAGCUGAACCAGGAGAGUGUCAAGUAUCUAGGCUUCAUUGUAUCAAGCAAGGGGCUGCAUGCUGAUCCUAGCAAAGUAUCUGCUAUAGCCAAAGCACCACAGCCCACUAACUCGUCAGAACUACACUCCUUCUUGGGGCUGGUCAACUUUUAUGGUCGAUUUAUCCCUAAUGCUUCGCAGUUGUUGUAUCCCUUGAACCGUCUUCUUCAGAAGGGUACAGAAUGGAACUGGACUCCCGAGUGUCAACAUGCGUUCAUCCAGUGCAAGGAGAUCUUAGCAUCGUCAAACGUACUGGCUCACUAUGAUCCCAAGAAACCACUCAUCUUGGAGUGCGACGCGUCUCCCACGGGAAUCGGUGCCUGCCUACUACAACCAGACAAACUUUCUGUGCUUCAGGAACAACAGCUCACGGAUUACAUUAAGUCUGUCAAUGUUGAUCCUUGUCAUGAUCUGCCAUUAUCCGCUACCGAUGUUAGCAAGGCAACUUCAGCUGACCCCACUCUACGCUCGAGCACCAACGAAGGCACCCAUUCACCACUGGGUCUACCCGAACCGGCCAUUUGAGAGGGUUCAUCUUGAUUUCGCUGAAUACAAAGUUUUGCAACGCACAUGCAGGCCAAGCAAGACUCUGCGCCAGCUAUGCGAGCUUUCCUGCCAGGUGACAGCGUCUGGGUCAAGGAUGUUCGCCAUGACAAAUGGACACCAGCGGUUAUUGCAGCCAGACUGGGACCACUGACCUACUCUGUUGAGAGUGGUACCACCAUCCGUCAUGUCCAUAUUGAGCAUUUACGGUUACGAGAUCCCGCCGGUGAUACAGCCGACAGUGCUGAUUCGGCUCGUAAGUGUCCAUUGCCCUCCAUACCUGAUAAUUUGAUUACUCCAGAGGAUAGCUCUGAGAACGCUCCUACUGUUACAGCUGCUACGUUUCCCGCUUCUAGUACUGUUACCUACAAUGAGUCUGCAGAUGCAAGCACAGCAAUAGAUUCUGAACCAGACACACCCAGUCCAGCAGUCUCUUUGCGACGUUCUACUCGGGUCUCUAGACCACCAGAGCGCUUAAUUGAGAACCCGUCUUUCGGCAAGUAACUGGACGGGGUUUCGGGCUCAUGUUUAUAGAUUUCGUCUUUACUUUCAGGCUUCAUUUUAUUUUGUGAAGGGGAAGGGAAUGUUAUAGUUAGACAUUUCAAUAAUUCUCGAGCAUACUUCAAAUAUUCACGAUAGUAAUAUGUUGUGCAAAUACAUAAAUCACGUACCUGACUUCUCCAGGUCUAGGUCACUCCGAGACACCUUUCUUGCAAGGUAUGAUAAUACUUCAUGUUUACAAACAUUAGUUAUCUUCUUGCUGCAAGCGAAGGCUGUUGUUUACAAAGUCUUCGCCCAUAAUUUAUUUGCAUGUUGCUCACACGCAACCUUCCCCAAACUGAAUUUGACGCAUGCGCUCUGUGUACAUCUCUAGAAUAAAAUUGUGCUCGCUGCUCUAAAACUGCACGCCACUCUGUAGCGUACAUCUAGAGAUCUAAAGUCCGCAUGCGCUGUACGCUAACUUUGCAUCCGGUUGCACCAAACGCUUGGAGCGCAUAUAACCUGAGCUUGCUAUCAUUUUCAUUCAUUCCGCUCGAGUCUAAGGACUCUCCAGUCUUCUACUAUACUAUGGUAAAGUAAUGGAUAAACCUAUUACCCGUUGUGUUUUGUGAGUGCCUUAGUUCCUAUCG